CCACAGAAGAAUCUCACAGGCGUGAUGAAUACGUUCCGAUUUAUAGCGGGAUAUGACAACACACUCCCAAUGAAAACGAACGACCUGUCUGACCUUGGACUGACCGUGGAUGACGCAAAUCCCUACCAUCUGAAGAAGAUAGAAAGAGAACUUCCAAGUACAGCCAGAGAGCUCCCAGAACCUUUACCAGAUUAUGAGGAACCGGUGCUACGUCCAUCCAAAACAUUCAACCCCGGGAUCCUGAAAAAGGAGAAGGCUAAAUAUGAAAGAAGAACUGUUCAGCAUUUUGGCACGACAAGGAGUUCAUUUACACAAAAAUCUAAUAGACAGGCACCCCGAACCCCCUCUCCACCCGAGUUUGAUCCGCCUGCGCCUCAUCGAGAAUCCGUCUACUACAACGCGCAAGACAGCAACGUGCAGGGAAAAUCACUCCAGAAACCACGCGCCCAAUCUCCAAUACCACCCCCUACCCCUCAUAUCCCUGAUACACAGGCAUACUACAAUGAGAACGAAUUUAAAGAUCUGAAAGGCAAGGAGCCACUUCACAAGAGGUCCAUGUCUGUCCCAGAUAUAAAACACACACUGAAGGUCAUUUCAACACAGAUAGAUGAGGAUCUCCACCAGCCAGCUAUCAGAAACAUCCCUCCACCCAAAUCACUGAUUCCUUGCGCCCCACCUCCACCCCCGUCAGUCCCAGUACCGGCACCAUCUGUCACAAGUCCUGUCCAACAGACACCAGUCUCAAUUCUGAAGUCAGACAAACGGUCUCUACCCUCCCUACCACCAACCCCUAAUGAAGAACCCCGCAGUUGUGUGGAGACCGACACCCCCACACCAGCACAGAUGGGGCUUAGACCAGUGAAAGUCAAAUCAAAGUCUGAGGCAAGUUCUUCCAGUAUCUCCAGUUCCUCCAAUCUCACCCCAACACCUCAACAGCUGGGUCUCCGUCCUGUUAAAGAUGUCCAGAAAAAGGCUUAUUCAGCAACAAAAGAAUAUGAGGAUGCGCAGUCGGUCAAGGACAUUCGUCAGAGGUUUGAAAAGAAAACCCCGCCUCCUACUGCGCAGAAACCCACAGGGUAUCAAGCACGCAAAGAUGAAGACGAGGAGGAAAACUAUCAUGACGCAAUUUCCGUUGGAAUACCGCGAAAGUCUUCAUUCAUUCGAAAACUAGAGGAACAGAUCGGCCGCCCAGUGGGCCCACAGGGCGCUCCUAAAGUCCCGGAAAUAAAGCCAAUGACCGAGGAAGAGGAGCAAAUGUAUGAGGAACUGCAGGAAUAAAAGCUGUGAUAGGCUUGAUUGAUAUUGAAUAUAAACAGUUUCUAUUCCACCCACUAGUAAUAAACUACGCCAUGUUUAUAACAAUUCUAGGACAGUCACUAGGUUUCUGGAACGGGUCCAGGGAAGGGUUUGGAGGGGUACUUAUCCCCUAAAUCGGAUUUUUUUUAGAUGGGUACCAUUUUGGUGGGUUCUUGAACAUUCUAGAGUUUUUUUUUCAAAAUAUAAGGUAACAAAAUCCAGCAGCCUUACUUUAAACAGAUCAAUGUUUUUUUUUUUUUCAAAAUUAUAUUUUCAAAUUUUUUUUUCUGAGGAUGGUGCGAUCGCACUCAACGCAACCCCCUUCCCCCAUUCCGCCGGCCUUGAAUCGGUUGUUUUAUUGAUCAGUUUAAACCUCUGUUAAGUGUUUUGUUACUGUUUGUUGUAAAUGCUCAAGUACUUAAAUAUAAAAAUAUAUAUUGUAUAUAUAUUAACAUAUUUUUGACAACAUAUUUUUGAAUUAUUCUUCUUGCGAUUUAAAUUUUGUUUUAUAUGUAGAGAGUACUUUUAAAAUGUUUAUAUACUUCAUGUUUUAUAUGUUGGUAUGUGCGUGUGUUUAUGUGUUAGCUUGCAGGUACAUGUGAGAAAAGUUCAUGUUUAUGUAACCUUACCUCAUCAUUUAUCAGUAGAUAAUCAGAUUCCCAGUAUAUAGUUUAAGACUGUGAUACGACAUAUAUUAACCGUUAUACCUCUUUGAUUGUUUUGUUAAGUAAGCAUUACAGUUGAUUUUAAAUAAUGGAGUAUUAGUGUCUGUAUUUCUACAAUUACAUUUACAGAAUUGUUAUGAAGGAGAUUUCUCAUCCAUGGUUGCAUGGAUACACCCCCCCCCUUCA